CUUUUAUUGUCUUUCUUCAUUCUACGCAUGUGCUCAGUGAUGACACUUUAAACCAAACUGUGCUCGUGUAACAGAUUUAUGUUUCAUCUAGGUCCAGCUUCUCAUUGAAAAUGUAUAUAAAAUAAGUUUGGAGCUUGUUUCUUCUGAACUUAUUUAUCAUCAUUAGGUUUGAUGAGCCAAUUGUACAGGCAGCAGAUCUGUGAGAUGUUUGAAAGAUAAAAAAAACAAACAUAUUUUUAGGUGAACCAUUCAGUUAUCGUGAAUCCAAAGAACAAUGACGAUAAACACCACACAGGUCUCAUAUUUCACCCUUGCUGGAUAUUUUGACACAGGACGUGUAACUUACUUGUGCUUCAUUGUUAUUCUUGCUUUGUAUAUUUUCAUUGUAGGUUCCAACGUCCUGCUGAUUGUGGUUAUCUGUGUGAACAGAAGCUUACAUGAACCUAUGUACCUGUUUCUGUGCAGCCUGUUUGUGAAUGAGCUGUAUGGUAGUACAGGGCUGUUUCCGUUCCUCCUGCUUCAGAUCCUCUCUGAUGUUCACACUGUUUCUGCUUCAUUUUGUUUCUUGCAGAUCUUCUGUUUUUAUGCUUAUGGAAGUAUCGAGUUUAGUAACUUGGCUGUUAUUUCUUAUGACAGAUAUCUUGCCAUCUGCUGUCCUCUGCGAUAUCACACAUGUAUGAGUUCUAGUAAGGUAUCCGUGCUCAUUGCACUAACAUGGCUGUUGACUUUUCUUGCAGUAGGUGUUUUAAUUUCUCUGAGUGCUCCUCUGCAAUUGUGUGGGAACAUCAUUAACAAAGUGUACUGUGACAACUACUCCAUUGUUAAACUGGCCUGUUCUGACACUAAAGUCAAUAACAUCUAUGGAAUACUUUACACGCUCACUUUAGUUGUUCUGGUAACUUUAAUUUUUUACACCUACAUGAGGAUCCUUAAAGUCUGUUUUUCUGGAUCCAAACAGACGAGACACAAAGCCAUCAGCACCUGCACGCCUCACCUCGCCUCACUGCUCAACUUUUCAUGUGGUGCUUUUUUUGAAAUUAUACAAAACAGAUUUGAUAUGAGACAGCUCCCAAAUAUGUUGCGUAUUUUUUUAUCAAUAUAUUGGCUGACGUGCCAACCACUCUUCAGUCCUGUAAUCUAUGGGCUAAAUCUGACCAAAAUCCGAGUCUCAUGUAAAAAUUGCAACCCGAGCAGUGACCCCAGGGGAGCUGCCCGUCCUGACGGCAUCCCAGGGGCUGUGGUUAAAGCCUGCUUGGACCAACUGGCAGGGAUUCUUACCAGGCUGUUCAACCUCUCCCUAACUCAUGCCACAGUUCUCACCUGA